UAUUCAAAAUGGCAAACUAUGAGGCGGAAAACCUUGCAGAACGCAUGAGACUUCAUACCACAAUUUUUGGACAAGCUUUCUCACCAUGUGGUCACUACUUAGCUGCAUGCGAUAACUUUGGUCGCAUAUGCGUAUUCAGCCUUGUCGGUGUUUUAAAACCUGAAAACAAUACGUUGGGUUCGUACAAGCCUUUCGUAUCUUUCCAAGCUCAUCAUGGACCAAUUUACUCCCUCAUAACAGCUGGACAUUACUUGAUCAGUGGUGGUGCAACUGAUAUUUGUGGUUGGAAAUGGAGUGACCUGCUGUUAAAGUUUACAGAAGUCGCAUGGAAGAUACAGCCUAACAACACAUCUUAUGGAUAUCCUGAAACAAAUGCUCUGGCCUACAAUGAAGUGGACAAUAUCCUGUUCGCGGGCUGUGGUGAUAACAACUUAUAUCAAUGGGACAUGGAAACUAGACAACUUCGAGAUAUCUUUCAAGGACAUACUGAUUAUAUACAAUGUCUUGCGCUUCGGGAAACGAAUAAUGAAAUAUUCAGUGCCUCCGAGGAUGGUACAGUAAGGGUCUGGGAUUGUAAAAACAGAAGCAAUAAGGAAAACCACUGCAUAAAACCAAACGAAAACGAGGAUAUUUGUCGUGUUUCAUUUGGUAAAUGGAUCAGUUGCCUGGCAUUGAGUAGUACCCAGGACUGGAUGGCAUGCGGUGGAGGUCCGCGGCUGUCACUUUGGCAUUUGUCGUCAUAUACCUGUACAAGUGUCAUGGAUACACCAGAAUCUACGCAACAUGCGGUCGUGUUUCAUAGAGAUCUUAUAUUGUCCGCUGGCCAGUCGCCUUUCAUUUACAACUGGCAAACGAAUGGAGAUCUAAAGACAAAAGUGCCUGUAUCUGCAAGCACUCUUUAUUCAAUAAAUAUUAACCGUUCGCCUGGACGUGAGAUGAUGGUCGCCGCGGGAAAUUGUGCCAGUAUCGAUGUAUUCACAAACUUUGGUUAUAAAUCGUUAUCGUUAAGUUUUGAAUGACGUCUUUUAGUGUAAAAAGUCAACAACUGUACUAAUAUACUUUAAAUUUUGCUUUGCUAGCAUUGAAUGAAUUCUUACAAUUUUUUCUGACA